UAUAAGAUUGUACCAUUACAGUUUGAAAUUUUAAAGUGAGGCUGACGUCAUCAGCAUUAAGCAAAAUCCUCCGCUGUUAAGGAGGCUUUGGAUUCCGUAGUCCAGUUCAAACAAAUAUAUUAGAACAGUCUAAUUUUACAUUAAUUAUCAGAAAUAGUUCUGGACCAUUGCCUCAGAUAGCCAAUUUGCAAGCUCUUUUCAAUUUAAAUGCUCUGGUUCUGGGAAAAGAGCCAAAAAAUCUUCCUUUCCGUAAGGAUGCGUGGGAAGUAAUCUUUCUGGGACAAAAAAGAGGACGGAAAUGGAGCGCAGAAAGGUUUCUUGUCCUACUAGCAGUCGGAGAGUUGUAGCAGGAAAGCGGAAGCGGCCGUACGAGUACAGUAAUUGCGUGAGAAAACUUCAAAGGCGCGAGAUCGGAAGCGUCGGCAACAAGGCCUUCACCAGCACCAAUUCACAGGAGAGGUUCCGGAACUUUCAGUUGCAGGAAGAGUUUGACACUUAUGAUCCCAAGGCAAAUUCGUUUUUAUUUUCAAGGUUUCAGUUCCUAAAUAAGAGAUCAAGGAUAAUAGAAAUAGUUGCAGCUCGAGAUAUAAUAUUUGCUCUGGCACAGUCUGGUGUUUGCGCAGCAUUUAGUAGAGAGACAAAUAGAAAGGUUUGCUUCUUGAAUAUAAGUCCAGAUGAAGUUAUUCGCAGCCUGUUCUAUAAUAAGAACAAUGACUCUCUUAUUACUGUAUCAGUCUAUGCUUUGGAUAGCUAUAGUUCACUGAAGUGCAGAACAACACCAAUUGAGUAUAUUAGGAGAGGUCAACCUGAUGGAGGUUUUCCUUUAUUUGAAUCCGAGUCACUAAGGUGGCCAGGUUUUGUAGAGUUUGAUGAUGUGAAUGGGAAAGUACUGACAUUUUCUGCCCAAGAUGGUGUUUACAAGGUGUUUGAUUUGAAGAACUAUACCCUUCUGUACUCAAUAUCUGAUAAAAAUGUUGAGGAGAUAAAGAUCAGCAGUCCAGGUAUAAUGCUGUUAAUAUUUAAAAAACCUUCCAAUGGAAGUCACGUUCCUUUGAAGAUCUCAAAUAUAGAGGAUGGCACCGUUUUGAAAUCCUUUAAUCAUCUCUUACAUCGUAAUAAAAAGGUUGACUUCAUCGAGCAGUUCAAUGAGAAGCUUCUUGUAAAGCAAGAAAAUGAGAAUCUCCAAAUACUUGAUGUUCGGAAUACACAGUUGACAGAAGUGAGCAGGACAGAGUUCAUGACUCCAUCAGCUUUUAUUUUCUUGUAUGAGAAUCAGUUAUUUUUGACAUUUCGUAAUCGAGCUGUUGCUGUAUGGAAUUUCCGAGGAGAGCUAGUAACAUCAUUUGAAGACCACUUGUUAUGGCAUCCUGAUUGCAAUACAAACAACAUUUAUAUCACUAGUGAUCAAGAUUUGAUCAUCUCUUACUGCAAGGCCCAUCCUCAAGGAUGUGAUGAAAAAAAUGCUGGCUCAAUAAACAUAAGCAACAUCUUGACUGGGAAAUGCCUUGCUAAGAUUCGUGCCAACGAUCCAAAUGUAUGUAUAAGCUCUCGGAAUCGGCCCAAUGCAUCAGUAAUCCAAAGCACUGUUGAAGAAGCUCUUGAAGAUAUUACUGCAUUGUUCUAUGAUGAGGAAAGAAACGAAAUUUAUACGGGCAACAGACAGGGGUUGAUACAUGUCUGGGCAAACUGAUUGAGGUCCUUAACUUUUUGAAAGCCACUUAAUUGUUUAGAAGCAAUCUUGAAUAACAAUCAGAAUGUGACAAAUACUGUCAUUUGUGAUAAAUGAUGGUGGCUGGCAUGGGAUAUUACCCUCUGGGUUCUUAGGAUGCCUGUUCUAUAAUUACUGUGCCUUUGGCUUUUCUUGUAAUUGUAUGCAAUUUCUCGCGCAUCCUUCUGGAGGAGUUGAUAAACCAUGUUGACAGUCGGAGUUUAUAAUAUCCCUUGGAAAAUCAGCAAGUUAAUAAGCUGUGAAACAAGCUUCCUAUCUCUUAUGAGGCUUCGCAAAUAAUCAUUUAGAUCCUCUGGUGAGUCAUACCGCUUGAAAUAGUCAAGGGUCAGAACUGCCAAGUGUGCUUGUGAUGGAUGGAGCUUUAUUCUCAUCAAGCUGCUCAGAGGAAGUAAACAAAAUUCAGGUUUAUAAUCAAAUGAGUUUUGAAUGAUGAAGAUUGCAAACAUAAAAGAAAUGGUAGAGCCAAUAUUAAGUGUUUUAUAGCACUUGUCUAGGUAACUGAGGAAGUGUCCAAUGUAAUGGACAGAAAUGCCUAAGAAUUUCUUUUUGCAGAUCACCUCAAGGACAAGACAUUUUUCUUUGCAGAUUAUCUCAACUACAUUUUCAUAUUA